GCCCAUUGUCGUGCCGUGACGUCUCCACCGCAUGUGCGCGCCGUGACGUCCUGCGCGGCGUGUUUACGUGACGUCACGCCGGUGUGUUAUUUACGUGACGUCAUCAGCCGCGCGUGACGUCGUGCGACCGCUGUCCCCCCCCCCAUACACACACACACCGGGCAGGCGGCGGCGGCAGCGGCGGCGGCUCUAAGCGGAGAUUGAAGUCCGCACGGCAUCAUGGGCGACGACAAGCCAUUCGUGUGCACGGCUCCAGGGUGCGGGCAGCGCUUCACGAAUGAGGACCACCUGGCCGUGCACCGACACAAGCACGAGAUGACGCUCAAGCUGGGGCCCAUGCGCAGUGACAGUGUCAUCGUCGCCGACCAGACCCCGACGCCGACACGCUUCCUGAAGAACUGCGAGGACGUGGGGCUCUUCCACGAGCUCACCGGCUCCUUCGAGCACGAUCUCAAGAAGACUCCGGCCGGCGAGGUCGACACGCCUGACGUCCCGGCCGCCCGCCACGCCUCCUCGCUCGCUCCGCCACCGCCGCUACCAAGGGGAGGCGACACCGGUGGGGGUGGCGGUGGUGGAGGCGGUGGCGGUGGUGGAGGUGGUGGCGGUGGUGGAGGCGGUGGAGGUGGUGGAGGCGGUGGAGGCGGUGGAGACAGUGGUGAGAACAAAGAUGAUGGCAAUGACGGGAGAAGAGAGAUGCUCGCGGCAACCGGAGAGGAGGAACGGAACGCCCGGCAGAAGGUGCGUGCAUGGGUGAGUUUGUGUGUGUGUGGAGGUGAUCGCUUACAGCACUUGCCAACAGUCUAUAUAUGUCUCUGGGCGUGUGCGAGGGAGGAGGGGGCUUGGGCCCCCCCAGGGAGCCAGCUCCCCCGGACGGCCCUGCCCCUCCCCUGCCCGCCCCUCCUUUCCGACAGGACGGCUCCAGCAGCAAUAACAAGGAGCCCGUGUGUGCCGCCCCCCCCCCGCAAGCUGCCGGCCCCACCGCCGGUGCCGGCGGCGCGGCCCUCCUCGCUGCACCUGCUGUCCCGCGGAGACGCCAGCGCCACGGGGGCCGGAGCCGGCUCCAUCAUCCCCCAGACUCUGGACUCUCCCACCGCCGUGUCCGUCAUCACGCAGGCCCCGCCCUCCAACCGGCAUAUGGGGCCUCCCCUGCCAGGCCCCGUGCCCAUGUACAUGCAGCUGCCCAACGGCCAGCCGCUGCCCAUGGGCUUCCCGGGGCCUCUGUCCAGCUCCCUGGCCCUGUCUCCAGGGCAGGGGCCCCCACACCUCCCUCCACCGCACUCCUCUGGGAUGUCGCGGCCGAUGAACCUCGUGCCCAACAUCCCGGGAAUCCCGGGCCCUCCCAUGAACCACACGGGGCUGCCCCCACUGCUACCCCCCCAAUCGGAGGCUAAGAUGAGGCUCAAGGCCGUGCUGAGCCAGCAGCCUAGCACCAUGGGAGCGAGCGUGGCGGAGAUGCAGCCGCUGAGCGUGUUCACCGGCGGGCGCCACGAGCUGCCCGGCGCGGGCCCACUGCCCUCGCAGAUGUCUCCCGGUUACCUCUCGUCGGGACAGCCGUCGCCACAGUCGUCCGUGAGCAGCAGGGGGGGAGGAGGGGGAGGCGGCGGGGGAGGGGGAGGAGGCGGGGGCAGCGGGCGCCGGCGGCGCUCGGCCGACGACGACCCCGACGAGAGGCGGCGCAAGUUCCUGGAGCGGAACCGCGCGGCCGCGACGAGGUGUCGGCUCAAGCGCAAGGCUUGGGUGUUGAACCUCGAACACAAGGCCGAGGAGCUCACGCACACCAACAUGCAGCUGCAGAGCGAGGUGUCCAUACUGAAGAACGAGGUGGCCCAGCUGAAGCAGCUCCUGCUCGCUCACAAGGACUGCCCCGUCACCGCCAUGCAGCGAGCCGGACACGGAUACGUGUCUGACCCGGAGGAGGGCCCUGCGGACGACGCCCUCGGCCCCGCGCACCUCCAGCAGCAGCAGGUGAUCCAGCACAGCACCCCCACCUCCUCCUCCUCAUCCUCCUCCUCGUCGUCAUCGUCAUCCUCCGCCGCAGCCAACGGCCUCCCGCCGACAACGUCGUCGUCGUCCACGCACGAUGCGGCGGCGGCGGCGGCGCAAGCGAGGGCGGCGCUCGGCCUGAGCCUCGCGUCCUCGCGGCCACAGCCGACGAACAGCUGACAGGACGGCGCCACAGCCGCUCCGGGCCGCGCGCCGCCGCCUUCCGUCGCCGCCGAUCCUUGAGAUUUGAGGAACUCGUCGAGGCCGUGCUCCAAGCCGCUCGCUCACUACGUACGCAUUGAAGGGAACUCCGGGGAGGGGGGGGGGGGGGGGAGGGGGACAACGCUGCCUUACUCGAGCGAGCGCAACCGUGUUGGCUCCGCUUGCGCCUUGCGUUCGGUGGACAGACGGGCGAUGAUGGCCGGGAGGGGCCAGGAGCUCGUCCGAGCCGCGCCCUCCAAUUAAGACUGACGGCGGGACCACGUUGCCGUGCGGCGCUCGGACGUGGCGGGGCGGGGUGGUGGCUGUGCCCUCUCUCUCCGCGCAACCCGGCUUCCCCCAGAGCUCCGUGCGAAAAUGUAACCACCGUGCGUUUGCUUGCGGGAGCAGCCAAGCAGAGGGAGCAUCUCCGUGAAAAAAACAAAAAUCCAGCCUCGUAGUGAAAACCUCCGCCCGGGCACGACGACGUCUCUCGGACAGCGCAUCGGGAAUCCGGGAUGGCGGAGGAGCCGCCGUGCCGAUAGGGGGGGGGGGGGGGGGGGGGGGGGGGCGUCUCUCCUCGUUUACAGCGGCUCCAUCAAGCGCCGCUAGCACGGCGAGUUCCCCCUUGAUACCAGCACCCGGAACGGACUCUGGCGGCGAGGACUCAGCUGCUAUAAUUUGUACGAUGCAAUCUCCCAAAGAGCUACUCGACCCGCAGGACGCAAGCCCGCGGGCGGGCGGGCGGACGAGCGGGCGGGCGGACGAACGGACAAACCGACUCGGAGCACUUCCGCGGCACGAGGGCUCGGUGCCGAGAUUUUAACCGGAAACCGCGCUUGCGUCGGUGCCCGGCAGCACGCGCUUGCGCGCACUGCCGCGUGUACGCGAGCCGAGGGUUAGAGGGGCGAGGCGCCAUCGGCCUGCGCCCCCGACGCUCUACGCGAAGAAGCUGUCGCGCACUCUUUGCCUUGUGCCAACCUAGGCGAGUUACGCACGGACCGUUAGCGGUGGACGCAGGCCCAACAGAGGGGUAUAGCUCUCGUCUCAUAGAUGGGGGUUCUUCAUCCGCAUGACCUGCCACGGUACUUCUUAGUUUGCCAUCUUGUUUCCUCCUCCUGCCUUAGCCCCGUUUACAGAGACCGCUGGGUCAAUCGACUUCCGGCAACAGUCCUCCCGUUGGCAAUGAUCGUCGCGCACCCGACGAUUGCAGUGCACGUUCCACGUGGAGCGGCGACAGAACUGGUUUCAAUUGACAUCGAGACGGCGUGGGAAAUUAGAUAUCGCGCACUUUCACACGUACGCACGACAUCUCGGUCUUUCAUUUGAACCAGCGCUAGUUCACGUGAAAUGUGUUUUUCACAAUCAUCGAGCGCGCUCGCAAAGCUCGUAAACCGCUUGGUGUGUAUGUGAACGCGGGUAAAAUGGCAAACGUGGAAUUGUGUACCGGGGUGGGUUCCAAGGACGGGGGAGUGAGGAGGCCGAGGACACGGCAUAGGGACGCGUCUACAUGCCACGGUCCCUUGGUCAAUCCACUGCUGGAUGAGGGCCUCCCCACGUCGUGGGGCAGUUACGUGGCCAUCCUUCACCACCCUGGGCAGUGCGGGUUGAAGGCGGGGACCAUAGACGUGGAAGCAUUGAAGUAAAGUAUAAUGGAUUCUGCUGCGCAGGGCAGGCCUCUUUGGGUUGCGUCUCCCUUGAUGCUGCUGAUGCAAGCGGCGAUGAGGUAGGGGGUGGAACGAUGCAUCGACUCGCCGACAAACGUCAUGAUUUUUUUUUAUCCCGCUAUACCUGCACAAAAUUUUUUGUUUUUUUCUUCACGCCGUACUCUCUGUACGUAAUGAGUUCAUGAACCCCUGCGGCAACAACAACGAUCUUACAGAAGUACCUGAUUAUCAAAUCGGGUCGCCGCCUCGAGUCGCAAACGAUUCAACGAACCGGUGAAGGGGGAUGAAUCGUUCCGCCCCUGACCAACGCGUCGCACUCCACCUUCCGUGGUGCGAGGACCGCGGGAGUUUCCGUGGCGGGCGGGGACGGUGGAGCCCCGCGGCCUCCCACGUUUCCCCCCCUCCUCCACUUCCCUGUUAAAACUGCCGACAAACUAACCUCCUGAGCAAGCGUAAAAACGAGGCUGAUGCAAUGUACAUACACGGGUGGCAUGUGGGAAACGGCCGUCAGUCUUGUCCGUCCGUCCGGCACGUAGACCAGCUGCAGAUUUGUCUCGACACCAAACAGCCAGACACAUUCUCUCUUCGACGUGGACCGUCCGUCCGUCCGUGUGUCUGGCGAGCGGAGACGGGCCGGAGAUGGCGCAAGGCCGUCUGGCAUUGAGACAAGACUCUGGACACACCGUACUGCCCGUCCCCGACCGUUUUGAGGUGUCGAGAUGCACUCCCGACACGGACCGUUCGUCUCCACGUCACGCUAUCUGCGUGACUUGGAGACAGUCUGGCUGUGGAGAUGGACGGACUGUUUUGACGGACCGUUUGUCCGUGUGGCGCGUGGACACACGCUGGGGUUGUUCGUCUCGCGCGUCCCACUAAAAGUCGUCCGUCACACGCGCUGCCCGCAUCAGUAAUCCUCUGCCUUAAAAGUGCAUGCGUUCAGUUUCAUUAUUUUAUUUGAAAAUGUUACCAUUUUUUCAAGUCCCAUCAAUAUUCAGACACCACUGUCUAAUGGCAAAUAGGGGUUUUUAAUACUAAUAAUUUAAAUUGCUUUGGUUGUUAAGUGUAUAUGCAGUUAUGCUACAAACUGGUUGCAAAUAGACGCUGUGUAACGGCAGCUGCUUUAGAUUACAUGAUACGACGCCCAUACACACUACUGUAUAAUUAUUUCAAAUCCUGACUCUCACGUCGGAUUUAACAUGUAAAUAUUGAUAACACGCUUUUUUUUAAGUUGUG